CAAAAGAAAAACGUUUGUACCUGUACCCUGGAACGCCGAGAAACGGUUAUUGGUGUUUUAUGUUUGAUGUACAUUGUGAGCAGAGUAAACGACAGGUGGAUUUAUAUUAAAUAUUUAAAAAGUUACUGUAUUAAUAAUUAUUAGUGAUGAUAAAUGAUUGAUCGACGUGAUCUAGCUUCUGGAAAGUGGAUUUAUGAUAUAAUUUUUAAAUUUUUUACGAGUUAACACAAUCCAAGAUGAGUGAUACAAAUGGGAAAGAGCUAGUGGAAAAGGUUUGUAGGAAAGUUCAAGUCAAGAUUCCUGUAUUGUUUGAAAUAUGGAACCAGUGUGGUUAUGAUGAGCGGAUGAUAUCAGAAUAUAGUAAAAAUGUUGAUCAUCACAUCGAGGAUUUGUUGGUGGAUAUGGUGGAGGAGGCUGAACAAAAAAAAAGUGCAAUAGUUCAAGAAGUUAAAAUCAUCAGUAAGAAAAUAAAAGCUAUGGAAGUGGAAUUGGAUAUGGAUGUCUCUGUUGUUGAUGGUCAUCAAGUGGAACCAUUGAUUGAAUUAGUGGGGACAUUGAAGAAAAAAUACAAAGCAUUGGAAGAGAUAAAAAAUAAACGUAUUGCCCAGUGUAAAAAAUUGCUGGCAAAAGAAGCUAAGAUCUGUGACGCGCUGGGGAUGCAGCCGCGGGGCUUCCACAAGAGUGUGCCGAGUGAAGAUGAAAUGGCAGCUUUUGAAGACAAUUUAGCAAAGCAAGAGGCUGAGCUGAAUGCGAACAAAGCAACUUUUAAGGAAAUGCGAUUGUCGAUAAUGGCCAUGAUGAACGAGAUGGCACAUGUACCGUCACUUGAAUUUGAACGUAUAGUUUGUCACGAUUAUGAGAAUUUUAUUUUUUCUACUAGUAAUAUGAAAAAAUUGCGCGAUCUUCACAGCGACAUUGAGGAACAGCUUCAAGCUGCUAAAGAAGACGCUAAAAAAAAGCGCCAAGAGUUGAUAAAACUUUGGAAGUUUUUGGAAAUACCAGAGGAAAAAUGCCAAGAAUUUCUUGCAAUUCACUCUGGCUACGAUAUUCCAACUCUCAAUGCCUUGCAAAAAGAAAUAAGAAAAGUCCAGGAACUACGAUUGGAGAACAUUUCCAAGUUCAUUGAAAAAUUACGUGUAGACAUCCAGCACUGGUGGGACGUAUGCAAGCUGAGUAAAGAAGAGCGUGAUGAUUUCACAUUUUUCAAUUCGAAAAUAUUCACUGAAGAUAUGCUCAGGAUACACGAAAUUGAAAUAGAACGUCUACGUCAGCAUUACGAAGAGAAUAAGAAAAUCUAUGAUUUGUUGGAGAAGUGGGAAGAGACAUGGGGUCAGAUGAAAGAGAUCCAGCGUCGUUCCGAGGAUCCAGAUCGCUUCCACAACCGCGGAGGGCAACUCCUUGCUGAUGAAAAAAUCCGCAAGGCCUGUAACAAGAACUUACCGAAACUUGUCACUCAAUUGAAUGAGCUGGUAGCUGAAUACGAGAAAAAAUAUCGCAAGCCAUUUAAAAUCUCCGGAUUAACCAUUUCUGAGUACAUAGAACAGGAACACGAGAAACUAAAAUCUGAAUUGGAAAAACUUAAAGUAGAAACGGCCAAGUUAAAAGACGACAAAAGUAAUUUAAAAAAGACACCACUGAGUGCGUCAAGAAGAACACCGCGCCCUGGUAUGAGCGUAUCCCGACGAACACCUGGUGCAUUGAGUGCAUCACGUCGCACACCUAGCUCAGCAAUAAGUUUACGAUCAAACACAUCCAUAAAACGUAAACUUUCUGAUCAUUCGCCUUUCACCCGAGUAACAAGACCUCGUAUUACAUCCAAUAGCGAGAACGUGCGCCCGGCUAAAGUAUGUGGCUCAAAAAUUCGUCGUAGUGGCCAAGCAAAAGUGGCGCGGAAGCUGAUUCCCUCGGCAGACACCGCUAGUAAAAGCUUGAGAAAAACUCCCAAUAAAUUGGGAAACAAAACUAUAAAUAUUGAAGAUUCAACAAAUAGUUCCAAGACACUGCAACAGUAUCAAGAGUUUCAAGAGCAUUUGGCUGGGAGAGAUGAACUCAGGAGCACACUUUUGUCGGAGACUAUUGAGUCCCGCAGGUUGAGAAGAAAACCCGGGACACCUGUCAAACCGUCACGCAAACAUUCUCCCAACACUCCGCGUGCUACUCCAAGUUUAAGAGACCCUUCGAGUCCUAAACUCACUAGCACACCGCGUCUCACUCCAGCUCCUAGUAUUAAUAAUAUUGAAAAUAAUUUUUAGAUCAUUUAACGUCACAUUAUUUUUAACUAUUGCUUGAUGCAAUAGUUUUGUCAUUUCAUAGAAUAGUUUUGUAAAUUGUUCUAUUUAUGUAAAAAAAAAAAAAAAAUAACAAGCAUUCUACUUAAUUUUUUUUAUACUUAUACUUUUAAGUGUUUUAAUUAUAGCAAUAUAUUUAACCGGAAGUUAUCUAAUCAAUGACUAAAUAUAUUGACAAAAAAUUAAAAAAAAAAAUUGUUUUAACUAAAAAUUAAAUGCAACACGAAGUUUUUUUUAUAAAUUUGUGCGUAAAUAAGAGGAAAUUAAAAAAAAAAAUAUUUUAUUUGAAAAAUUUAAAACAAAAGUUAAAAGAUUAAUCGAGCUUGUAUGAUUCUAACUUAAUAUAUAUUUUUAAAUCCACUAAUUUAUGUUUCUAAAUACUAACAUUUAUUAUAUAAAAAUUUAUAAAAUAUUUAAGCAAUGAUGUAUUUAUUCAUGUAUGUCAUUUUUAUAUUUUAUUGAAAAUUAAAUAAAAAACAUUCCAGUAAA